GCAGCCUUACUCAAACGCUUCCUUCUUCUUCAUCCCUCCAAUUCCAAUGCCGCGCGCUCUCCUCUCCCUUUCUCUUCUCCUCCUCAUCCUCGCCGCCGUCUCCCACGGCGGCGAUCAUGCUGCUAAUGAUGAGCCGUCAUCGUCGGAGAGCGUUAACCUGAGGGCGAAUGCACUGAUUCUGGUGAAGAUCUACUGUCUGAUUCUGGUGUUUGUCGGGACGUUCAUCGCCGGCGUGUCGCCUUACUUCUUGAAGUGGAACGAGACGUUUCUAGUGCUGGGAACGCAGUUCGCCGGCGGAGUGUUUCUAGGGACGGCGAUGAUGCAUUUUCUGAGCGACUCGAAUGAGACGUUUGGGGAUUUGACGAGCGUGGAGUAUCCGUUCGCGUUCAUGCUGGCGUGUGCGGGGUAUUUGAUGACGAUGCUGGCCGAUUGUUUGGUUUCCUAUGUGUAUGGAAAGGGGGCGAGUGGUGGUGAGGGAGAUGUCGAGCUUCAAGCAAAUAUGCAAGGAAAAAGCUGUAGCAAUGGCGGACAUUCACAUUCUUUGGCUCAGGUUCAGACUGGCAAAGAUGGCAAAGAAGUCCACUCCGUAAAUUCCCCUCUGAAAACUGCCACAUCGCUCGGGGACAGCAUAUUACUCAUCUUUGCACUGUGUUUCCACUCUGUUUUCGAGGGCAUCGCAAUUGGAGUUGCAGAGACCAAAGCCGAUGCUUGGAGAGCUCUAUGGACAGUCUGUCUCCACAAGAUAUUCGCAGCCAUUGCAAUGGGAAUAGCUCUCCUCCGGAUGAUUCCAGACAGACCCCUCCUCUCCUGUGCAGCCUAUGCCUUUGCAUUUGCCAUUUCUAGCCCAGUUGGUGUGGCCACCGGUAUUGUCAUAGAUGCAACCACCCAGGGCGCUGUGGCUGACUGGUUAUUCGCCAUAUCAAUGGGGCUAGCAUGUGGGAUCUUCAUCUAUGUCUCAAUAAACCACCUACUGUCUAAGGGAUACACUAGUCAGAAGACAGUUCCCUUUGACACCCCCAACUACAAGUUCUUAGCAGUGUUGUUGGGCAUGGGGGUAAUCGCGGUUGUGAUGAUCUGGGACACCUGAGCUCAUCUUGAAGUGUGUUCCUUCAAUCAUAGAAGCUGCAGGGAGGAUAGCCAAGAGUACAGAGGAAGGAGCUUAGAAAGGUUACUUCUUGAUCCCACCUCGUUUAAACAAACCCACUUUUUUCUUUUGAAUGGGAUCUCUAGACGCAUAUACCAUAAGUAUAAUAGUAUUUAGACAAGUGAAAUGAUAUUGGGUAUCUGAUGAGAAAAUGGAGGGCAAAAUAUUCUGAUACCGGCUCCUCAAUGCUCUGUAACAUAUUUUGUAUUAUGUGAAAUAUGACUUCAUCUUCAUGGAUCCA